AAGUAAACGCCGUCUAUAUAAUCUUAUUCAUUCUCCAGCAAAAUUCGUCAACAAGGUCGGUUAGAUUUCAUCGACGAAGAAACGCCUUUUGAUUUUUGUCUCCGUAAGAAAGAGUUUCCUGAUCAUGGCCGAUGGAGAUUUGACUCAGCAGCAGCAGCAGAUACAAGAACCAUUGUUGACACGGGAGGUGGAAGAGACGUUGAAGCAUCUGGAGUUCGUGCAAGUGGCUGCACUGCAAACGAUUAUUUACUUGUCUCAUCUUUACGGUUUGGCCAAGGAGAAGUCAGGUCCUUUGAAGCUUGGCGUUGAGACCGUCGAGGGCACAGUCAAAAGUGUCGUCGGACCCGUGUAUGACAAAUACCAUGAUGUUCCUAUUGAGGUCCUCAAGUAUGUUGAUCGUAAGGUGGGUGAAUCACUAACUCAAUGGGACCGUCGUGUGCCCCCAGUCAUCAAGCAAGUCUCAGCUCAAGCCUUCUCGGCAGCUCAAAGGGCUCCAACCGUAGCUUGCAAUGUAGCUUCUGAGGUCCAGCGUACCAGUGUGAAAGAUACUGCCACCAGACUAGCAAAAAAAGUGUACUCAGAAUAUGAGCCCGCUGCGAAGGAGUUCUACAAUAAGUACGAGCCUAAGGCUGAGCAGAGUGCCGUAUCUGCCUGGCGCAAGCUAAAUCAGCUCCCGCUGUUCCCUCAGGUGGCUCAGGUUGUUCUACCAACUGCAGCAUAUUUUACUGAGAAAUAUAACCAAACUGUGGAUAGCACUGCCAAGGAAGGAUACAGAGUUUCUUCAUAUCUUCCUUUGGUGCCUAUUGAGAAGAUUGCCAAGGUGUUCCAUGAGAAAGAGGUUGAACCACAGCCUUUGAAAGCCAACUGAGACCUCCUCAAGUGUAUUGUUGGUUCUUUUGGUGUAGACUGUCUGAACAUUGGGACAAGAAAUCAUGUUUUCAUAUUCCAUGUAUGUCUUGUGGUUUUAUGGUGUUUCUUCCUCCUGUUCAUGUUUUCAUAUUAUGGUGAUUGAAUAUCUAUUCUGUGUUAUGCUCUGUUUGUUUCAUGUAAGUUCAAGUUUUAGUUUUGUAAACCAUAUAUUAUUGAAUAAUUACUAUUUCCCUUUUAUAUUAUCCAACA